CUCUCGGUGGCUGUAGAAGUCUCAAACAGAAGAUCAUCGACUUGAUGAGAAAUGCAGGCCAUUAAAUGUGUAGUGGUGGGCGAUGGAGCUGUGGGUAAAACAUGUCUUCUCAUCAGUUAUACAACCAAUGCUUUCCCCGGGGAAUACAUCCCGACUGUAUUUGACAAUUAUUCAGCGAAUGUGAUGGUUGACAGUAAGCCUGUAAACUUGGGUUUAUGGGAUACAGCUGGCCAGGAGGACUAUGAUCGACUGAGACCUCUCUCCUAUCCCCAGACAGAUGUGUUUCUGAUUUGCUUUUCCCUGGUGAGUCCGGCAUCUUAUGAGAACGUCCGUGCCAAGUGGUACCCAGAAGUGAGACACCAUUGUCCCAGCACACCCAUCAUUCUUGUUGGAACCAAGCUGGAUCUGCGGGAUGACAAAGAAACCAUUGAGAAACUUAAAGAGAAGAAACUGUCCCCAAUCUCUUACCCACAGGGUUUGGCUCUGGCAAAAGAGAUUGAGGCAGUCAAAUACUUGGAGUGCUCAGCCUUAACGCAACGUGGCCUAAAGACGGUAUUUGAUGAGGCUAUCCGAGCGGUGCUGUGUCCCCCUCCUUCGAGGCCUAACAAAGCCAAAUGUGUGGUGCUUUAAGGCCACUAAAAACUAACAGCUAGUUGGCUAUACCUGCACCUACUACAGUCCAACUGCAGCUUUAAUAUCCUUUCAACAGGCACAGCAGCUGCCCGAUUCUAUUGCUAUUAUAGUCUGCAAUGGUUUUUAAGCUUCUCCCUUUUUACAACGGGAUGCAAUCAUCUCUGUUAAUUUUAUUCUUUAAAGUCCUUCUUGUUCUUUCUCCAUCUGAUGUAUCUCGCCUCUGAUUUCCUAUUCUGGCCCACAUACACCAAGGAACACUAAGGAAUUAGCUGUGACUCAGAAGGCUAAACACACUGAACUCUUAAGCUUGGUUCCAUUUCUGCUCCCUCCGAUGGCUGAAUUCUAAUCAUAGUUUAUUUAUGAAGAGACAGGCUGUGCCGCUCCGGAAAAUUGGGACAAUAUGGAUAAAUAAUACAAAGAAGCAACAAACUGUCAGCAAGCAUGGCUUGCCUUCUAGAACAAACCUCCGAAUAUUUUUUAGCUUUGGGCACCAAAUUAGUUGAAACGCUCUGAUAUUUUCUUCCCAUCAUUACUAUUAAUAGCCAAUCCAAGCAGAUAUUUUAGAGCUCAGUAUGUUGUUAAACAGAUGCCUAAUUCUUAUCAAAAUCCUUCCUAAGCAUAUAAUUUCUAUUUGAGCUUGCAGGAUUGAAUCUAUGGAUUUAUUGAUGAAAUGGGUGCCUCAGUGCAGGGUGCCCUGGCUUUAGCUGCAGAUAACAGAUAACUCUAUCCAAGGGCAAUACUAAUAUUCAUACAGAACAGUUGGCGACCAUAUGCAUGCUUUAAUAGGAAUGACUUUGGUUGAAUACAUAUAUACAAAAACCCCAAACAUCAAGAAGCUUCAGGGAGCAGUGAUAUUACAUAAACAGCAUUACAUACACAUUCAUUUAUCACACUGCAGAACUCUAUUGUGGUGCCUGGGGGAAAAGCCUGUGCAGUGUGCACUGAAGCAUUACUGCUACUGUGUAAUGCAAGUCUGGAACAGAAAUAUGAGUUUUUGUACCCAAAAUGAUGCUAUUGUUUAUUUAUAAAUAUACAUAUUAGGUGUUGUAGUGCUCCUCUUUAUAAUCCCUUCCUGGCUUUUCCAGCUGCCCUGUAGUUUCCUUCAAUAAAGUCAUUAUUUUCUAUGUUUAA